AUGCGAAAAUCCGUUGUUCGUCACGCGAAGAAAUAUCUUCACAGACCUCAUUUUCAUGAAAGGCCGGAGAAUAGCGAAGCUAGCAACUCAUCGCGUAUUCUAGUUGAUCGCAAGAAAGAAAAUAGGACACCUCUCGCGAUAGAAAUUCUGGACCGUUUAGAUUCAGUUGACCCUCAAUUAGAAUCCCCCCUCUUUGCUAAACUCCCCAGGGAAGUCCGUGAGCUUAUUUGGGGGUUCGCUCUCACUCGCUACGAGGACCUUGACAAUCUCUAUCGAAUAGAUGAGCGUUAUACAAGGCCAGGUCAAGCUGCACCAUUGCGCGUUAAUGUCGGACUGCUCCACACAUGUCGGGCCGUAUAUAUCGAAGCGUUUCUUACGCCCUUCCAAGUGAAUCCGAUAGUCGCAUACGAUGGGAAUCAUAAGGAUAUUCCGCCGGCUAACGUACUCACGCAUUCCGUAGAGGAUAUGCUUUUCUGCCGCAAACUGAAAUACUGGCAAUUAGCGAAUAUAUCGUCCGUGGAGAUAACUGUCCAACAAAUCAAUUUAGAGAGCGCCGCACUCGAGCGAUUAUCACGUUUAGUCGGGACACUGAGGCGCCAUCAUGGGCAUGAGUGUAAAGGAUACACUCCGGCGGGCUAUGCAGAUUUCGAGCCUUCGAAAACCAGGAAGGUCUCAACUGUGUCGUCGCAAAAUCCACUAGUCGGCAGGAAGAUUACUCAUCUAAGUGUUCGCAUGGCGCGUACUGAUUGGUGGUCAUGGGAGAGUGCUCCCGAGUAUUGCGCGACUAACCCUUCGGAUCGGCUGCGAAUAGAACCAGCGAUUAACGUGACGAAUCUUGCGGCCCAACCGGAAAACAGCCUCGCCAUGACAAGAGGGUACGAAGCACGCCUAUCAGGUAAAGAGCCGGAUUUCGACCUAGAGGGAUUUGAGAAGCUAGGCCGCUGGGGGUUUCAAAUCCAGGAAUAUUGGCCGGACCUAACAAAACUUGACCUCGUGCUGGAGACAUUCGCAUGCAAGCAAAAUCAGCUCGAUUACGUGAUAAAGUGUGCUAAGCUGUGGAAAUUUCCGGUGGAACAAGGGUACCAUUUGGUAUGGAAUGGAAAGGAUGAGGUCACUAGGUGGCUAGGUGCUCACUCGUAUCAGUAUGAGAUGGGUCGAUCUUGGUUCAAAGAACAGAACAGGGCUCGAAAAGACGACAAUCCAGAUCUACCACCAAAGCUGAAGUGGAGACCCGCUGGGGCUUAUGACGGUGACCCGGCCGAUGCACAGGAAUUCAUCAUUCGAACGUUGACUUUUGAACGAAAAAGAGACGAGGACCGACCCAGGUCGGCUUGA